UCUCUUCUGCAGAGGACAGUGGGGUCGUUUCCUGUACUUCGAUUUCGUCUGCGUCCAUCUUGAACUAUAAGACGCUGACCUUAGACUUAGGCAGAACAAACUGACGAAUUCGUUCCGCAGAUUUCUUGUGGUACUGUCUUGUUUCCAGUUAUAUCAUCUUUCCCCUUUUGGCAUCAUGAGCCACCAGCAAUCAGGAUCAACUACGAGUCCACGUACGCCCCGUGCAAGUAGUGACAAUGCUCCUUCUCCUGUUGCCAGUGUUGGUAGACAUGGCGUCCAUGCUCAACAGCGCCCCCUAUCUACUACAGGAGAAUCUGCACAGUCACACCACUUUGACACCCCAGGUGACCAUGAAGGUUUUAUCAAGGUGGAACCACUUUACGGUGACGAACCUGAAGGAGACGAGGGCCAGGGUGAAGAGGUCUCACACUCAAGUUCCCUCUCAGAGAGUGUUGCCCCCAAGAAGCAAAGGCUGAGGGCCAAGAAGACUAGCUACUCCCUUGACGCUGACAUAGAGGGUGACUUGAUAGAAUGGAUUAAGGAGAACCCCAUCCUCUGGAACAGUAAGCUCAUGCUGUUCAAGCGUAGGGACAUGAAGGAAGCACUCUGGGCUGAGAAGGGCCUAGAGCUUGAGAAGACAGGGGACUACCUCAUGGGAUGGUGGCGGUCCAUCAAGGACAACUUCACCCGGCUGGACAAGAAGAUGAGCGGUGCCGGGGAUGAGGCCAGGGGGUUGACGGAGAGAGAGGAGUGGAUCCUCGACACCUGUGCCUUCCUCAGGCCACUUGUCCGCCACCGGUUACAGCGUAGAGUUCGAGGAGACCUUGCUUGGCGGGUUAGUGAUGGUACCGCGGCACAGGCUGAUGCAGCAGCUGCCCACUCCGGGCCGGCAGACAAGGAUUCCAAAGUUGCCUCCCCUUCCACUCCGAGAUCUGCCACCAAGAAGCGCAAGCAGAGGGACAUCCUGCUUAAGUCAGGUGGAGAGUCGGAGCAGUCAGCUACACCAGUCAUCCACAGCAGGAGAACCACCUUUGCUAACUUUGUGAGGGACUCGCUACUCACCAUGUCCAAGCCCAAGUACAAGGUGGCCAAGACUGCCAUCUGGGACAUAUUCGGCAAGCUGGACAUGUUUGAUGACUCAUCUUCUUCCGAUGAUGAGGACGAAGAACCUGUUGCUCUUGCUCCUCCUCUGUUGAGAUGAACAUGCCUGCACUAGCAGCAAUCAGUCGGGACAUUAAGUUGGAUUUUGUUGGCGAUACUCACAGGCAGUGAGCCUAAGUAGUAAUAAGAGUAGAUUAUUUUUUGUGAAAACGCCAGAUUUACAGGAAUUGUACAUGCGUUUUUUUAUAUCCGGACAUGCAUCGUUUUCUCCCAUGAUGAUGAAGAACCUGUUGCUAUUGCUCCUCCUCUGAUGAGAUGAACAUGCACUAGCAGCAAUCAGUCAGGACAAGUAGGAUUUUUUUUGGCAAUACAGGGAGCGAGUAAACACAUUCUUUUAUUUCCAGGCAUA